AUGCUCUGCUGUCCGCCCGCAGGCCCGAGCCACAGCGGUGUCCCUGUGCAGCGCCGCAACCCCACAGUGCUGCGCAUGGUGCUGGAGGCUCUGCAGGCUGGAGAGCAGCGGCAAGGCACUUCGGUGGUGGCCAUCAAGCAGUACAUCCUGCAGAAGUACCCGACGGUGAGCGUCAUCCGACUCAAGUACCUGCUGAAGCAUGCCCUAGCCAAGGGCAUCAACCGGGGCCUCCUCAUGCGGCCCCUCAACUCCAAGGCCAGGGGGGCCACCGGCAGCUUCAAAUUAGUUUCCAAGAAAAAAAGAAUAAUCCAGCCUAGAAAGACGUCCACCGUCAUGGCCACCCAAAAACCCAGUGAGGCCAAGAAGAAGGGCCCCAAGAACCCCAGCAAGGCAAAGAAGGACCCUCCCAACCUGAGUGAGGUGAAAAAGGUGCCCAAGAAGACGGAUAAGGUGAAGAAGUUUCCCCCCAAGCCAGAUACACCCAAAGAGAAGGCCCCCAAGAAAGGCGGCAAAGCCAAGGCCAAAGUGGCAAAAGUGGGUGAGGCCAAGAAGGUCCCCCCCAAACUCGAGAAGGCCACAAAGGCUCCUCCCAAUGCUGCUGGGCUCAGUGGGAAGUCAACCGUUAAAGGCAGCAGCAGCAGCCAAGCUCCUCCUGAACAGAGUCAUUCCCCCUCAGCCCCUCGUCCAGCAGAUGCUGAGGCCCCCAGGAAAGCAAACACUGGCAAUAGGAGUUCCAAGGCCAAGGCUCCCAAGGGAAAGAAUGGUGCUACUUUCCCAGCAACAAAGAAGACAGCAACCACAGCUGGGGCCCCUAAAGGGGCAGCUGCCCAGGGGGCUGGAAAGGAGCUGAAAGCCAAGGCCAUGGCUCCACCCAAAGGCAAGGGCAACAGUGGGUCCAAGACAGCCCCUGUGCACCUGGCCAAGAAGACAGAGGCCCCCAAGGGCCCAAGAAGGCCUGGGCUGCCUGCCAAGGCCUCGUUGUCUAAGGUGUCCCUUAAGAAAGCAAAAUCUGAGAGCUAG